GACAGGAGAGAUGUCCGGGAUCAGGCUGCUGCUGCUGGUCUCUCUGUCCCUGAGCCUGUGGGUCCGGAGCGGGGCUGACAUCCUGCCGGGAGCCCCGCAGCGUGGCCCGGCCAGCCUGAACGACAUGUUCCGGGAGGUGGAGGAGCUGAUGGAGGACACACAGCACAUCCUGGAGGAGGCUGUGGAUCAGAUAACUUCUGAGAGUGCUAAAUCAUCUUCAACCUUCCUGGAUCUGCAUACUAACCCCCACGAUGAGACGAGGAAGAUGACACAGGAUGAAGACCGACUGCUUCAGGUCCUGGAUAGAGCUGACAACCAGGCUAAUAAUGAAACAGGAGACAUUCAUCUUUCACAAAUCCACAUGGAGAUGUCUGGCCCUUGGAACUCAGGGGAUCACGAGUGCAUGGUGGAUGAGGACUGUGGGGCCCUGAGAUACUGCCUGUAUGGGAUCCAGAGCUCCAAGUGCCUCCCCUGCAUCCCCACAGAUAUGCCCUGCACUAAGGAUGAGGAGUGUUGCUCAGAUCAGAUGUGUGUGUGGGGCCAGUGUACAGUGAACGCCACCUCCGGAGCAGAGGGGACCAUCUGUCAGGGUCAGAGCGACUGCAGCCCCCCCCUCUGCUGCGCCUUCCAGAGAGAGCUGCUGUUUCCAGUGUGUAAUCCCAGACCAGAGAGGGGGGAGUCCUGUGUGAGCCGCCCCAACCUGCUGAUGGACAUGCUGGCCUGGGACCAGGAGGGGCCCCGGGACCACUGCCCCUGUGCCGACAGCCUCCAAUGCCAACCCCAGGUACGGGGAUCUGUUUGUGGAGAGUAGUACUGGAGAUGGAGAGAACAUGAAGAAAAUAAAUAUUAAAGAAAGGCACUCACCCAAAGAAGGCACAAAAACGGGAGAGACGAGAAAACUGCGACACCGUUGGCAGAAGGAAGAAUGG